AUGGUGGAGAGCAUGGUGUUCUCCUAUCCGAGUCGCCCGAAUUUCCACGUCGCUAAUGGCAUCACCUUCAAAGCUCGUCGAGGAGAAUCGGUUGCAUUGGUUGGUCCAUCAGGAUCGGGGAAGAGUACGAUAAUCAAUCUUCUUCAGCGGUUCUACGACACCGAAAAGGGUUCGAUUAGCGUAGAUGGAAGAAAUAUUGUUGAAAUCAACACGCAGCAUCUUCGCAAUAAUGUAGCACUUGUUGGCCAGGAACCAGUACUUUUCAGAGGUAUGAUUGGUCAUGGUUUCUUUGAAAACAUGGGACUUCAUGGGGACCUUCUCGCCAUACUUGCAAGCGUAAGUAUUGACUAA